AUGACCGAAACAAAAGGUAUUUUUAAAGAGGCAUAUGGAAAUCUUCACACUGAUUACCUUAAUACUUUUAAAUUAAUGAGAAGCGGAACAAUUAAAGUAACUAAGGAGAAUAUUGAAAAAGUUAAACUUUUUUUAGAAACUUAUAACGAUUUAUUACAUUGUGAAGGGCUUGAAGUUGGAAAAAUUGAAAUUAAAGAAAUGGGUAAAGGGAAAAUUGACGCUGUUUGGCAUAAUAAAAGAGAGAUGAGUAGAUUACUUGGAGCAGCAAAUCAUCUUUAUAUUAAAUCAUUAGAAGAUUUGAAUACAACUACUACUUUGAAACUUCAUAAAAACUUAAUUUCCGCUUGUGAUAAUACAAAUCAAUUAUUAUCAGCACCAUUGGGUGGUUAUAUUUGUUUACAAGGAAAGGAUCAAAAUAACCCGUCUACAUGGUUACCUUUAUUAGUUGAACAAUCAAAUAAUAUUCUUGUUUAUUUGUGGAAUGAGUAUCAUAAUGAUCAAUUUAAUACUAUUAAAAUUUAUAGACAAGAUAAAGCAUUGUUUUAUUCUUUACAUAAAAAAUAUAAUCUUGAUAAAAAUUAUUUAAUUAGUCAUGUAUUAGGAAUUGCUGAGCCAAAAAUAGCAACAGAAUUACGUAAUAUUGAAGACCAAAUUUUAAGAGGAUUAAAACGAACAAGUGCUGAAAUUGAAACAAUUCUUCAUAAAAAUAAUGAAUCUAAUCUGAUAAUUCAACAUGGAAUUCAAUUAACAUAUUCGGAUAUUCCACUAUCUCCUAAAACCUCAAAAUUUGUACAUUCUGAAGUUGUUGAAUCAUAUGCAUACAAUUCAGAUAAAUUACGUAUAGAUGUUCAAAAUGCAAUAAGCAAUGCAAAAUUAAAAUCUACUAUUUUAGUUAAUACGGAGCAGUAUAUUACUUCAAUAUAUACACAACUAUGUUCUAAUUGUAAUGAUUUUAAUUAUUCAAACCGUACUUGUACUUUGUCAAAAUCAGGAUUUUUAGUUAAAUGUGAAAUAUUAUGUCAAAGGUGUAAUACGAUAACUGGAUCAUCAAAUCAAAAUAAAAAUGAAAAUUUAUCAAAAUACGUAUCAGCAGCAGCUUUAGCUAGUGAAAUAAAUCGAAAUGCAUUACAGUCUGUAUUAGCAUGUAUUGGUAUUACUGCUCAAGCGGGUAAAACAACAUAUUUUGAUCAUCAAACACAUAUAUCUCAAUUGAUCAUUAAUCAUGCAAAGCAAAAGGCAUGUGGUGGCAAAUAUUCACAAAUAGAUAUAGAUAAUAUUACAAAAAUAGAAUCUAAACAAAAUAUACAAGCAAAUUAUAAUGUAUCACAAAUUCAAAAACGAAAUGAUAAAAGAAAAGAUACUUUUGAAAAUGAACGUAUUGAACUUUUAGGAUUUGAUUUUGAUAAAUUAAAUGAAUAUAUUCCAUUAUUUGCACCAUUAAUUCAUGAUUUUAAUUUGAUUCUUACUUGUCAUAAGUGCUAUUCAUUUCACAAAGUUACUUCAGAUAGAUUGUGCAAAUUAUAUAACUUCUAUUCAAAAAUCAGUAUUUGUGAAAUUUUAAAUGAUAAUAUAACUAAAACUCAACAAUUAUUUGAAGAAAAAAUAUCACUUGCUCUUAAAACUAUCUUUGUUGAUAGAGAUGUAUUUGUUAUUAUGCCUACUGGUAGUAGCAAAUCUCUUUGUUAUAUAUUAUCAUUAAUUUUUUAUACUGGUUUAACAGUAGUUUUUAGCCCAUUAGUUUCACUAAUUGAGGAUCAAAUAUCGAAAUUAACAAAAUUUGGUAUACCUUGUAGUGGUUUAUAUACAGAACAAUAUCCUAUUUUACAAGAAAAAAUUUUCAAAGAAAUAGUUUCAGGCCCAGCUUGGGGACAACUUGGAUGUUUAAAAAAGCUUUAUCCUAAUGCACCAAUUAUGAUGCUUACAGCAACUUGUAAUUUUUCUCGACUUGAAAUUUCUUAUGAAGUUUGGUUAAAAAAAGACUCUAAAGAUGAAAAUAUUAUAAACAUGAUAGAAGAAAUUAAAAAAAUCGAUAUAGCAAAAUGUAUUGUAUAUUGUUCAACUCUAUUUGAAUGUAAAGAAAUAUCAACCGCUUUAGAAAAAAAAUUAGAUCUAUUAUUGAUUAGUAUAUAUCAUGGAGAUCUAUCUAAAGAAGCUUAUAAAUACUCUCUGUCACAAUGGCAAAACAAUCAAAUUCAGAUAAUGAUCACUACUAGUACUUUUGAAAUAGGCAUUGAUAUGCCUGAUGUCAAAUUAAUAAUUCAUUAUACUUUUCCCAAAACAAACCUUAUUCAAGAAACUGGUUGUGCAGAAAGAAAUGGCAGUAAAGCUACUACUAUAGUUUAUUUUUCACAACAAUUCAAUAUGGAUACAAGCAAGUCUACCAUCUUAAACAAAAACAAAAGAUUAUUAGAUACACAACAAAAACUAUUUGAAGUUAUAUAUUAUCUGAAUGAAAAAUAUGAAUGUCGUCACUAUAUGCUAUUACGUUAUUAUUCUUGGGAUGCAUUACAAGAUUCAUAUGAUUCAUGUAAUCAGUGUGAUAAUUGUCAAAGACGUACUACAACUGAUAAAGUUCAACAAAUAAAUGUAACAAAUGAAAUAGAGAGAAUCUUACAUGUUAUCGAAGAAGUUCUCAAUUAUUCAAAUGCAAAGAUAGGGCCAGAUGAUAUAGUCGAUAUAUUUCUUCAUACAAAUAAUGCUAGAACAAGAGCCUGGGGCUAUGAUCAAUUGUGUAUUUAUAACUCAGAUUAG